UUUGAGGAUGGAUAAAGGUGCAACUGCUAAAUCGUCAUGUGCUGUCUUCACCUCAAAUGCUGCUAAAGGAUGGAUGAAGAAGAGGGAUGGAGCAUUACAAGCUGCAAAAUGGAAUGCUUCUUUAGCUUCUAAAAUCAAAACUAAAUUAAUAAAUAAUUCAUCUAUGUUUAAAGUAUCUUUACAACAAAAUAACAAAGCAUUAGCUCUGGCUUUGAGUGUUGAAAAAGAAAAUUCUCGCAAGCUAAAGAAUGAGAAGAUUUUUCUUCAGAAGGAAGUAGAAAAACUGCAGCUUCAUAACAUCUCGCUUCGUCAGAAACUAACCCGUUUGAAUAAAACUCUUAUUGGAAUAGAUGCAUUUUUGAAUGAAAACCUCUUAACUGCAAUAGAAAUAAGCAGCACUUCUGAGGCUCUCCAGAGCUCCUUUCCGCUGUCAGGUGGCCCAAGCAGCCCUACUGGCGACAGGCUCAGGAGUGCCCAUCAGUCAGCUCGAUCUGUAGAAUUGCCAGCAGAGCUUCCUUUCAUUGCAACAGUUAAUGCAAAGCAGCAAGGUAGCCCUUCUCUGGGUGAAGCAUCAAAUUCUUACAAGUGUGCCACUAAUUUGACAGAGGAAGUGCAUUCAGAUCAAGUCAAGUUUGCAUCACUCUUGUCUCCUGGUACAAAUAAUCAAAAGUUCAUUGAAACAGAACCAGUGGUUGACAAGAAUAGAUUUUUGAAAGAAAAUCAACUGUGUGCAGAAUUAAGUUGCAAUAGUGCCUUCCCAGCUCAUGGAAAAAAUACACAAUUCUUAGAACAGUCUGAGGAGCCUACAGAACAAUGUCAUGGUAGCUUAUUGCCAUCCUAUGAAAAUGCGACUGAAAGAAAGAAAAAUGCAGUACUUUGGAAGCCAAAAACUCAACCUAAUAUAAAGGAUUUUGAUAAAAAAUGUAGGCCAUUGAAUCUGCUUCAUCAUACCAUCAACAGUAGCAGCAAUGCCAACGAUAGGAAUUUGCAGGAAGGUUCAAGUGACUUGUCUUGCCUUACUCUUUCACCUCUUAAAUUUAACAGUGAAAGUAAGACAGAUUUUAACAAGCUGCUUUUUACUGACAAGAUGAAGCCUGAAGAAACUAUCUAUGAUGCUGAUAUGGAGUUGACUGCCAGUGAUGCAAGUGAACUACUCACAGUUACAGCAAAAGGCAGUUAUAAAUUGCACCAAAAUAAAAUUAAUAAUGCCAGUUCUGACAAAAUAUUACCAAAUUUCAGAAAAGUAAAAUAUUCUAAGAAGGAUAAAGAAAAAAUUAAAAGCAAGACUGAAGUCCAUUCAAAUCUGCAUGCAGAAGAAAUGCUCUCUAGGGCUGAGAAUAGUGAAACUUCAGUAACUACUGAUUCACAAACUCAGCUAUUCCAGAAUCAGACAGAACAGCUACCUACAGGGAAUUCUGCAGAGCAACAGAAUAGAACAAGUAAAGCUAAGGAUUCCAGGAGGACAUACCAGGUUAAUGUAAUGAAUCCAAGAAAACAAGAGACAAAUAAAGUAAGAUUCUCAGAAAUGUUUGGAGAAGUGGAAAGCAGAAUACAAAAAACAGAUUCAUGCUCAACUGUUAACAAGAUCCCACCAGAAGUUUAUUGUGCUGAAAAUUUACCAUUCCAAGAUAACAUUUCUGAUGUAUUGGCUUUACAGGAGGGCUUUCUGAGUACAAAUGAGAAAGAUACCAAACCAACAAUAAAGAGGAAGACUUCUCAAAACCUUUCCAAAGCAAACACAGAAAAAUCCUGUAGAGAGGAAAAUGGCCAGUAUGGAGAAUAUAUUUCAAAAAAAUCUCAAGCAGAGAUAAACCAAUGUGACAACAGCAAGAGAAAACAAGACCAGAAGAAUAUUACACAGCAAAAAAACAACAGAAAAAGUAGUCACAGACAAGGUAGAGAUGCUGAAAAUGACAGCCGUCAUAAAGUUAGUCAGAAAGUAGACCAAAAGAGCAGCCAUUUUUCACCAGGCAGAUUGAAGCGUACAUUGGCAAAGGCCAGCCGGAAAACACGUGUGAUACCAAAGGAAAAUCUCACGCGGUUCUCAGUUUGUAAAAAUGUAGAAUUAAAACACAAGGAUUCAUUGCUUGCAGAGGCUGGACAGAAAGCAGCUGUAACUCAGCAAAUGCAAGUAGCUUUAGUUACUCAGAAUGGUGUCGCUCUGAAUACGCCACAAGCUAAAGAGCAGGUUGAUGGUGAUGCUGACAGGUUAGAGAAGGUAGAUUCCUCAGCUGUGGCAAGUGAACCCUCCCCCAUAAGUAAUUUUCCUGAUAAGCAUGUAAAGCAGAAACAGAGGUGUAGUUCUGAUAUUACUGAGACCAGACCAGAAAAAAGUUAUUUCAUGCAUAUUGCUCAGGGGAGUCAGAAUAUUUUGGAUGACCAGGAAGUCCCUCAUGAAAUGAAUUCCUUUGUGAGUAAGUUGAAGCCUGUGAUUGAAGUUGAAUCCUGUAAGAAUAUGCCAUUUAAGGCAGAUAGUUCUUCCCAGGAAAGUCUUCUUGGUAUGGAGCUCCCAGCUCUUGAUAACCCCAAUGCUUCCAUCAACUUUUCUAAACUGAAAAGCUCUGAAAUCCACAGGCAAAAUGAUCGUAAUGAAGCACCAGAUGCUGAAAAAACAGAACAAAAUAUGGAUCAUAUUUCUAAACAGAACAACAAAAAUACUCUGACACCUUGUCAUGGGAGAAAAGCUCUCCAAGAACUGACAAAUACUAGUAUACAAAUUCAGACUUCUGUACCUAAAUCCCCCCAAACUUUAGAAGCUUCAGCAGCAGCAGUGAGACGAGGCAGACCCACUGUUUGCUACAAGGAACCCAGUCUGCAGAGCAAAUUAAGGAGAGGGGAUCGAUUUACAGAUACACAAUUCCUGAAUUCCCCAGUCUACAAAGUAAAAAAUAAAGGAAAUUUUAAAAGCAAAUCAAAAUUUUAUUGAGGAAGAGAGAAUUGCCUUUAUGGACAAUACUUCUAAAAUGGGUACAAUUGUUUAUGUAUAUAUGACACAUUGCCACUAAAUGCUAAAUGUUUAAUUUUGCCACUAAUUGCUAAAUGUUUAGCAAUAUAGACUCUUUGUUGUUCUUUGAUUAGUAAGGUCUUCCACAGUGAAGUUUUCUGGAGAAGAACCUCUGUAAAAGGGGCACAGAAUACUUUACUGAGGAAGGCUUAUACAGGUGAGGCUCACUCCUGUUUUGCAUCUCAGGUCAGUAAUUUUUGAUCUGUUCAAACAGUUUGCAGCAUUUCUUAAAUUAUUAGAAAAUAUAUGUUUUAAUGAGAAAUAAAAAUAAACAAGCUUUGGGAAUUGUA